AUGCCCCGAAUCGGCAUGUUCUGGGCGGCAGCGAUCGGCGUGGGGGUGGUCACUUGCGCUGUCGCGUUCGUCCGUCAAAAGAGCCCGACGUUUUUCGUCAACCUGACGGCGGACGGCACGCCAGGGACGGUUUUCAGUCGCGGCCCGUUCCGAGUGGUGGAGGACAGCGUGCGACCUCGGGACUGCUCGUUCGCCCAGGAGCCGCCACCCAAGCCUUUCCGCGUCUGGCUCCCGGUCCUAGAACCCAGCAGCGAAUUAUAUGAUUCUGCCCACGCUGCUUCUAGUGGUGCUGUUUCUGCUGCCGAGGCCGAAGCUGAAGCAGCUCCUGGGGAUUCACCUGAUGAGAAGCUCGAGAACACCUGGCAGCAACAGAGGAGCACCUGGCAGGUGCCAGUGGUGGUGUUUCAGCACGGAUUUGCAUCUCAGAACUAUUUCUACUCCGACCUGCUUUCAAGAAUUGCCUCUCAUGGCUACAUCGUCGUGGCUCCACAGAUGUACUCCAUAUUAGCAGGAUUCGACACUCUGCCAGAGAUGCGAGAUGCUGUGCAAGUCAUCAACUGGUUACACACCAAUCUGCAAGCUCUAAUCCAUGCACGAAUCAAGCCUCUUGCUCUUGGUGCUGCACGGGCAGCUGGAAAGGAAGCAGGUGGCUGGGCAGAUGAACGGGCAGCAGAAGAAGAGGCAGCGGUGGCGCAGCCUGAUUGGUCAAGGCUAGUGCUAGCAGGCCACAGCCGGGGAGGGAAGGUGACGUUUGGAAUCUUGCGAAAGCUGGUGGGGGAGGUACUCCAAUCUACAAAACAGCAGAAGUCUACAAAGCAGCAGCGUGGGUUCAUAGAGGCAAAGCUACCGGUGCCUAUUAAAGCCGCAAUACUCUUUGACCCUGUAGAUGGAGCCGCUUCUAUAGCCACCAAUCCUCCCACUCUCACUCAUCAACCGGACUCCAUCUCUUUGUUAAACAACCCUCCUGUACUCGUUAUAGGCUCAGGCCUGGGUCCCAUUCCCAGAGGCGGCAAAUCCCCUUCCGAUAAAGGUAACCCAUGCGCGCCCGAGAAUUUCGGGCACAAAGUUUUUUUCUCGGACCUGGUCGGCCCGGCGUACCAUUUUUCGGUGCCCGAAUACGGCCACGCUGACUUUUACGAUGAUGACUUGGGUCCGAUUUACGGACCGUUGUUUAGCAAAGUGUGCAAUAACGGGCCUGCCAGGGAGCCGAUGCGUGUGGCGGCUGGAGGGCUUGCAGUGGCGUUCUUAAAAGCUGUGGUUGGGGGUGGAGGUGGGGAUGGUGAGAAGGGAGGGAGUGUGAGGGGAGUGAGAAGUGAGAGGAGUGGGAUGGAGGUGGAAAGGGGAAAUAGAGGGGUUGUGGGAGAGGCAGUAAGGAGGUUAGAGGAGGAGAGGCAGGCUCUGGAGAGGUUAGUGACAGAUGCUGCUGCUGAUGUAGCUCAUGUAGCAACUGUGGUUGAUCUUGCAGCUGAUGGUUCAACUGCUGCGAUGGUGCGGAGUGUUCAGGAGCAAGGCACCAAGCAGAAGCAGCAGAUUCAGCAGGAGGAGAAGCAGGAGGAGCAGCAGCAGGAGCUAGAGAAGGAGAGGCUAAGGCUAGAGGGAGUGUACCUGAGGAGUGGAGGCAUUGGGAGUGGCUCAGCUAUGGGGAACAGGGACGGGGGCUGUGGUGGUCUGAUAGCUUCAGACGGGAGUGAUGUGAGCGACCUUUGUGAUCUGUUGCAGCACCCUGAGCAUUCUCCUGUGGUGCUGUCAGAGGUGGGGUGGAAAGUGGGGCGGCAGUUGGAAUCGCCUGGAGAAACACCUGAAGGAGCACCUGCCGCUUUAUGCGGCGCAGCGACUGUUACAGUUGCGGCUGCUGCUGCCCGCUAG